CUACCACUUGCAGUUGUUGUAAUUGGUGGACUACUUUCCAAAAUGAGCAAGGAAAUACGCUCGUGGGAGAAUGUUGCAGAAAAGGAGUUUUUGCAGAAACACGUGAGAUCCCCGUCUGGAAGUUAAUAAAGUUAUGGAUUGCUGAGGGCUUCAUCAAGAAAGUUAAAGACAAAAAUCCAGAAGAUGUGGCGGAGGAAAGUUUGAGGGAGUUAGUUGAUAGAAGUUUGGUUUUGGUGGGGAAGAAUACCUCCCUAGGAAAAAUCAAAAGUUGUAAGAUGCAUGAUCUCGUUCGUGACAUGUGUUUGAGAGAAGCCCAAACUGAGAACUUUAUACACUUCAAAACGAGUGAGAAUUACUUACAAACGCUAACCGGAUUGAUGCCCUCAUCUUGUAACAUUGAAGUGUUCCAAAGAAUUCCGAAUUUGAAGAAGCUGGGAAUUUUAAAUGUUGAUUCAGUUGCUACAGAGAAGUGUCGUUGUCUUGAUAAACUUGUACAUUUAACGCAGCUUGAGAAGCUCAAAGUUGAUUUCAAAAAGGAUCAUGUGCAUCGUCUCAGAUCAUGGAGGAUGGCAGAUUGGGUGUACACCCCUAGGCUACACAUUCCACAUUGUGACGAUUUCCCACCGAAACUUAAGAAGUUAACAUUGUGUAGAACACACCUACAAUGGGAAGACAUGAACCUCCUCAGAAAACUACCUAAUCUUGAAGUUCUCAAACUUAAACCCCGUGCCUUUCAUGGAGAUAUUUGGAAACUAAGCGAUGAAGAUGAAGAGGGAUUCUUUCGACUGAAGUUUUUACUUCUUGAGACCAUGUAUCUAAAGCAAUGGGAAGCAACAAGUUAUCAUUUCCCAAGCCUCGAGCACUUAGUCCUAACAGAUUGCUAUUCGUUGGAGCAAAUUCCUUUCGACUUUGCUGAUAUCCAGACACUGCAGCUGAUUCAACUACACAAAUGUAUGCAUUCUCUUCUUGUUUCAGCAGAGCAAAUACAAGAGGAGCAACAAAGCUUGGGAAAUGACGACCUUGUUAUUCGCGUCAACUAUAUACACAAAAAGAUUACUUGAUGGAGAGUACCGUAAGGUGUAUUCAAGCAAAAAUACGAAGUUGAUCACUCUUUGCAGACGUUGAUAUAGUUACUGAAAAUUCUCAAUUCCAACUUGUUUGGGACUGAGACAUAGUUUAGUGGAU